UGUUAGUCCCGCCCUCUCAUGAGAGUCAGACCAACAGACCUACCGACCCCUCCCUAGUGCACAGUCGGGGAAAUUCUUAACGCAUCAACACUUCAAGUCGGAGAAAACCCGGAUCAGAGCCACCAACUGGUCCCCAGUCCUAGAGGAACUAAUCUGAAUACCUACUGAGAGAGAACCGGGUCCGGUACUGAGACUGCAGGUCCCCCCUCAGACCUCAUGGCUCCAGUCCUGCUCCUGUUGGUCCUCCUGGCGGAAGCCGCUUCUGACCUGAUUGAGGUAACAAUGGAUCCUGGAGAUGAUGCUACUCUACCAUGUCGGGCUGCUGAUUCCUCCAUCAGAGCUGUAGAGUGGAGCAGACCGGACCUGCAGCCAGACUACGUCCUCUUAUACAGAGAUGGACGCCCGGAUCCAUACCACCAGCACCUGUCCUUUAGGGACAGGGUGGACCUGGUGGACAGAGACCUGAAGGACGGAGACGUGUCUUUAACUCUGAAGAAUGUGAACAUCAACGACACUGGAACAUACGAGUGUCGAGUUGCACCAGGUGUUUCAAGACGGAAAAAGAGAGCCGUCAUCGACUCAGAGCCAAUCAGAAUCAUCCGUCUGAAGGUUACAGGUGAGGUAGUCUCUCUCUGGGUGUUUUUCUACAGGUUACAGGUGAGGUAGUCUCUCUCUGGGUGU